UGAUAAUUGAUAUUUGUUUCUUCCGCGUUAUGAUUUUGACAUGUCCUAUAACAGAAUGUCCAGUGAUGGUACCACAAUAACCAAACAACCGUCUGCUCAACUCAGUCCGGCAGAGAAUGGCGGUAACAACACAGAGCUUGAAACUGGACUGGAGGCAAUAGAGGAUCUUGACCGGAUUAUUCUAAGUCAAGAGAUUACUGCUUGUGGAUUAGCUUGUCCAUGUUGUAUUGGUCGGGGUGCUUACACUGUACAUGAUGGAAACGGGAGCAAUGAAUUCUUGUUUGAAAUCAGAGAAGCCUUUGUCUGCUUAUUCCGUUCGUGUCUUGGUUCUGCAAGAGAUCUUUCUACACGUAUACAAGACUCUAGUGGAAAUGACGUAGGUAGAUUUCGAAGAGCGAUCAGCUUUAGAGGGUGCUGCAUUUGUUCCUGUUUUCUCCCACAACUUACGGUGUAUCAUCCGCAUUCUCGGAUUGGAACUAUCAGAGAAAGACGGACAUGCUGUAGACCGAGUUUUGAGAUAGUAGAUCGUACAGGAGAUAUUCUGUUUACUUUCUCCAAUGACUGUUGUUACUCUCAGUACUGUGGUUGGUUCAUGAACGUCACAGUAGAUGUUAAAGAUAUGGAGGGCGAUGUCGUUGCAAAAUUUAUUAAGAAAUCGUUUCAUAAUUCGGAAGAGUUAGUAGGACUUGAAAAUAAAAUUCAUAUUGAAUUUUUGAAGAAGAUAAAAGCACAAGAAAAAUUAUUGUUGAUCGGAGCGGCCAUGUUGCUGAGUCUUAACAAUUUUGAAGACAGCAAACGGCUUUGUUGUUAAUAUUAAAAGUUUCAUGUUAAUGAAGCAAAACUUUAUACAUGUAUAAUGAAUAUUGUGUUCAAUUACUAUGCAUACUGUGAUAAUAAAAGAUGGAUUUGUU